GUGACUUGUAGUGUACAAUCAGCUGACAGUCCAUUUUGAGGUUAGUUUUGAGAAAAAGUGCCAAAACACGAGGUAUAAAAACUCAAAAAACAACAACAUUUAUUAAUUUUGAUAUCAGCCCCAAAUAAAUGAGAAAACUUUGUUAGUGCCCAAUAAUGGCCCUUAGGUUACCAUUAGUUGUUAUUUUGGGGGCUACCGGUUCGGGUAAAACCAAAUUAUCCCUUGAACUGGCGCAGAAAUUUAAAGGGGAGAUAAUAAGUGCAGACUCGAUGCAGGUGUACAAAGGCCUCGAUAUUAUAACAGCGAAAGCAACGAAAGAGGAACAAAACGUGGCCCCUCACCACCUAAUUGACAUUCUGGAGCCUCAUGAGACUUUUACGGUGGUCCAGUACCGAAAUAGCGCUUUAAAAAUUAUCGAGAAUUUAAUAAAUAAAAAUAAAUUACCCAUCAUCGUUGGUGGAACUAAUUAUUAUAUCGAGUCCCUCUUGUGGAAAAUUUUAAUUGAAGAACCCGGGGACCAUGUAAAAGCGCUACCAUCCAGACACAUCGACCAUGAAUUAUCCAGCGAAGAGCUGCACAAAAAAUUGCAGCUUCUGGACCCCGCCAUGGCCCGCAGGCUGCACCCCAACAACAAGCGCAAAAUUUUGAGAUCUUUGGAGGUUUUGCAGCAGAAAGGCAAACCACACAGCCAAAUUUUAAACGAGCAGCAAGGGGCCAAAGGGGGCUCUGCCACAGGGGGGCCCCUACGAUUCGCCAACGCUCUGAUUCUCAAACUAGAAUGCGAACAAGAAACACUCAACGAAAGAUUGAAUAAUCGAGUCGAUAAAAUGAUGGAACAAGGGUUAUUACAGGAACUCGCAAACUUCCAUAAACUAUACAACGAGAAUCGGAUCAAAAACUCGGAAAUUCCAGACUAUACGAAAGGUGUUUUCCAAUCUAUUGGUUUCAAAGAGUUUCAUUCGUAUCUCACAAUGUCCGAAGAGGAAAAAAAUUCCGAAAACGGCCAACUCAGUUUGCAAAAAUGCAUUGAGGAUUUAAAAUUGGUCACAAGACGAUAUGCGAGAAAACAAAACAAGUGGACUAGAAAUCGGUUUCUUGGACGACGCGACAGGGAGGUGCCUCCCAUGUACGGUUUAGACGUCACCAACUUGGAUAAAUGGGAGGAAAACGUGACUAAACCAGCGAUUGAAAUUAUCCAGAGUUUUAUAAAUCAGAGUGAGUGUAAAUACCAGCCACUUCCUGUGGAACCAGUUGCAACUUCAGUGCCAAAUUCUGAGGAUGAUACGAAUUUUUGCGACAUUUGUGAGCGCAUUUUUGUCGGUAGUUUGCAGUGGAGGGAGCAUUUGAGGUCAAAUCGGCACAAGAAAAUGAUUGAGAGGAGGAAUAGGUUGUUGAAGGAGGAGCUUAAGAAAUAAACCAUUUUUUUAUAAA